GAGCGAGACCUGGCUUCGCUAUAUAUUGCAGUUUCCAGUCUGUGAUCACAGCAGGCAGCAGCACAACCAUGGACGCUCCGAUGCUCCCGAUGCCGGCUCCCCUCUGCCUGGUGACCAACAAGGACAGCGUGCUGUCCCUCGACCGCAGGGCGCUGGCAGUGCUGCGCAGUGUCACCCAGCCCCUGGUGGUGGUGGCCAUCGCUGGGCUGUACCGCACUGGGAAGUCCUACCUGAUGAAUCAGCUGGCGCAGAAACGCACUGGCUUCCCGCUGGGCCCCACGGUGCAUGUGGAGACCAAGGGCAUCUGGAUGUGGUGCCUGCCCCACCCGCGCCGGCAGGGAGUGACCUUGGUGCUGCUGGACACCGAGGGGUUGGGAGACCCCAAAAAGGAUGACGAUGACAGCAACUCCUGGAUCUUCACGCUGGCGGUGUUGCUCUCCAGCACCCUGGUGUACAACAGCAUUGGCACCAUUGACCAGUGGGCACUGGAGCAGCUGCGGCUGGUAACGGAGCUGACAGAGCACAUCCGUGUGCGGGAGGAGAACGACAACCCAACAUCCAACUUUGUCCGCGUCUUCCCGUGCUUCGUCUGGACCGUGCGUGACUUCACACUGCAGCUGCGGGCCCUGAGUGAGGAUGAGUACCUGGAUGACAUACUGCGACUGCAGACCGGGGAUGGGAAGAAGGCCAAGGAGCGCAAUGAGCUGCGGAGCUGCCUGCGCAACUUCUUUCCCUGCCGCAAGCUGUUCACGAUGGAGCGGCCGGCAGCUGAUGCGGAUCUGCAGCGGUUGGAGGAGCUGCGGGAGGACGAGCUGCAGCCAGGCUUCCGGAAGCAGGUGGACGCCUUCUGCCGGUACAUCUGGGAGGAGGCGCCGGUGAAGGUGUUGCCGGGUGGGCACCAGGUGACGGGCAACGUGCUGGCAGGCCUGGCGGAGAAAUACGUGGCGGCCAUCACCAGCGGCGCGGUGCCCUGCGUGGAGAGCGCAGUGACAGCGCUGGCACGGGCCGAGAACAGUGCAGCAGUGGAGGCGGCGGUGGCCGAGUACCAGCAGGGCAUGGAGCACGGCCUGGUGCUGCCCACAGCCUCACGCAGUGCUCUGGUGGCCGUGCAUCAGAACUGCGAGCAACGCGCCAUCACCCUCUUCCUGUCCCGUGCCUUUGCCGACCAUGAACGCCAGUACCAUGCAGAGCUGGUGGGCAAGCUGGAGGCGGCCAAGGACGAGUUCUGCCGGCGCAACGAGGAGGCGUCGGAGCAGCGGUGCCAUGCGGUGCUGCAGGAGCUUUGGAGGGAUGUGGAGCUGCGCCUGCAGAAUGGGGACUACGUGGCACCUGGUGGUGCACAGCUGUUCAAGGAGGACCUGAACCGCGUGCUGGAGGAGUACAAGCGGUGGCCCAACAAGGGUGUCAGGGCGGAGGUGGUGCUGGAGGUGUUCCUGCGGGGGCGCGAGGGGCUGGCACAGGUGUUGAAGGCCACUGAGGUGCAGCUGGAGCUGCUGGAGCGGCAGCGGGAGGCAGCAGCAGCCGAGGCAGAGGCGGCCCAGAAGGCGGCAGAGGCACGGCUGGAGGAGCAGCGGCGCACCAUGGAGGAGCACAAACGUCAGCUGGAGCAACAGUUGAAGGAGGAGCAGCGUGUGUGGCUGGAAGAGCAGCAGCGCGUAUUGGAGCACCACAAGAAGGAGUAUGAAGCACUGGUGCAGGAGGGCUUCAAGCGUGAGGCGGCAGCCAUGCAGGAGCUGAUGACACAGCUGCAGAAGGAGAACAGGGUGCGGGACACCUGGAUUAGCACAACUCUGAACAUUUUGGCUCAAUUCCUGCCUGGUGCGGCAGGAAAACUUUUUAAUAAACUGCGGCCCAUGUGAUGUAGACUGUCCCCCAAUGUGGAGAGCAUUGCUGAGAGCUGGCUUGCAGAAAAGGGUCAUGUUGACACAACCCCGCUGAUAAGACUGAAAUAACUAGGCAUAAACACGAGCCUGCUAACCUAUCAUCAUCAAGGACAGCAGGAUUAUGAGGAACCAACACGAAGGAAUAACAGGAUGCAGAACUGGGGGUGCUGACCAUGGGAAUGCAGCUGCGGUUGUUAUUAGCUACCUGUGCGCCGACCUGUCAGGAGCUCGCCUUUUGCAGUAUGUAUUAGCCUCAUUAUACGCUGUAAUAAAUAACGCUGCUUUCUGAUUAAAGUUUGAGAAUGCUUGAUCAAGCCCUUGGUCGUAUCUUUUCUCCUGCCGGUUGCGACACCCCAGCAGCUGUCCCUGCAAUAAAUCCAGUUGCACUGCCCAGGGUCUUGUCAUUUCAGGGAAGCGUGGGGCUUAAUUCCAGGAAAGCAAAGGCAGCAGAGGCAGAGGGUGGACUAUUGGGGCUGGGUGUCUUUCCAUUUUAAGUUCCAGAGCGGUGGCCACCACAGGCAUCACACAGAAUCAUAGAAUCACAGAAUCAUGGAAUCACAAACUCUAGUAUGGCUUGGGUUGGAAGGGGUGUCAGAGACCCUCUGCUGCCAAGCUCUCAGCUGCAGGCUGGUUGCCCAAGGCCCCUCCAUGGGCUUGCCCACCUCCAGGGAUGGGGCACCCACAGCUUUGGGCAGCGGUGCCAGCGCCUCACAGCCCUCUGAGUGAAAAACCUCCUCCUCAUUACUCACCUAAAUCUGCCCUCUUUUAGCUUUAGACCUUUCUUCCCUACCCAAUCGCCAUCAGACCGUGUAAAAAAUCACUCUCCAUCCUGCUUAUAAGCCCCUCAGUAAUGAAAGGCCUCAGUGAGGUCACCUCAGAGCCUUCUCCUUCUCCUCCCCAUUCUGAACACCCGUGCUCUCUCAGCCUGUGUUUGCAGAGGAAGAGGUGCUUCAGCCCUCUGAGCGUCUUUCUGGCCCUCCUCUGGGCCUGCUGCAAAAACCUCACAUCGUUCAUGUGGUGGGGGUCAAGAUCUUCAUGAGCAGAGCAGAGGGCAACAAUCCCCCCCCUGCCUGCUGACCACUCUCUGUUGGUGCAGCCCAGGAUGCAGUUGGCCUUUCUGGGCUGCAAGCGCACACCGCUGACUCGUGUCCAGCUUUUGUCCAGCAGGACACCCAACUCCUUACCUCAGGGCGGCACUCAUGGAGUUCUCCAGUCUGCACAUCUAUCUGGGAUUGCCCCAACCCAAGUGCAGCACCUUGCACUGGGCCUUGCUGAACCUCCUUAGGUUCAUGUGGGCCUACUUCCAAAGCCUGUCCUGGUCCCUGUGGAUGGCGUCCCUUCUUCCUCUUGUGUCAGCGACACCAGUCAGCGUGGUGUUGUCAGCCAACUCAAUCCCACUACGACACUGACCAAGGUGCUGAAGAGCAGCAGCCCCAAGAAGGUCCCCUGGGGACACGGCUCGAGCCCAGCCUCCACCUGGACAUGGAGCCACUGAGCACAACCACCUGGCUGUGAACAUCCAACCAAUUCUUAUCCACCAAAGAGUCUACCUUCUGAACUCAUCUCUCCGUUUUACAAAUAGGGAUGCGGUGCAGGACCACGUCAAAGGCCUUGCACAGCUUCAGGUAGGUGACAUCAGUCGCCUUUCCAUUGUCCCCCAGUGCCGUCACUCCAUCACAGAAGGCCACCAGGCAGGUCAGGCACCAUCUGCCCUCGGCAAAGCCGUGCCAGCUGCCUGGGGUCACCUGGUCGUCACUCAUGAGCCUUAGUGUGUCAUCCACGAUCUGCUCCAUGACCUUCCCAGGCACACAGAUCAGGCUUGUCAGGCUGAAUUUCCCCGGGUUCUCCUUCCCCCCUUUCUUAUGCAUGGCAGCUACGUUCGCCUUUUUCCAGUCUCCAUCUCCUGACAGCCCGGACAUUUCAAUGAUGAUGGAGAGAGGUUCAGCAACUGCAUCAACCAGCUCCCUCCAUACAAACAGCAGCAGAGGGUGGGCAGUGAUGCUGUUGUGCAGUGGUGCAGGCACACUCUGGCUGUACCGUGGUGGUGUGUGACUGUGUGGUGGUACAGGUGCAUUUUGGCUGCGGCACUGGAGGUACAGGGUUGUGGCGCUGGAGCACAAUGGCGGUACCAUGGAGGUGUUGUGUGGCGGUACAGAGGCA